ACAUAGAGAAUUGCGGUUUCUGGGAGGGGAAGACGCACUCAUCGUCCCGGCUUCUUUGUGCUUCCGUUGAUCUCUUGCUUUCCGUGUUCCGGCCCCUCUACCUACGCGUCUCAGGCUGUCACUGGACAGGGGUGGGCGGUCUUAAAUAUUGUUGGUGACCCCUUCCUUCAUCCUUCGUUGUGAAGGAAGAUCAAUAUCGUUGCCUCUCGAUCUCUCUCUCUCACUCUCACUCUCUCCCUCUCUCGAAGCCGCAGAGCCAGCACCAUGGGAGGAGGCAACGGCCAGAAGGCCAGGAUGGCACGCGAGAAGCAUCUCGAGAAGAUGAAGGCCCCCAAAGGGAGUCAGCUGGAAACUAAUAAGAAAGCCAUGUCCAUCCAGUGCAAGGUGUGCAUGCAGACGUUUAUGUGCACAACAACGGAAGUGAAGUGCAGGGAGCAUGCAGACGCAAAGCAUCCGAAAGUCGAUGUCUAUCAAUGUUUUCCACACCUCCAAAAGUAAGUCCAACAGAUGACGAUGGGUGUUAAGAACGGAUUGAUAGACUGAGCAGCAGUUAUUAGGAUCUUUCUGAAAUUCCUCCAUCUUUGAAAGUCUAGUUGUUAUCUGCCUGUAACGAACUCUUUCGUGGAGCUACCAACACUCUACUGUCUGUGCUUCCUGUUCAGCGCCCACCUACCUUGUAAUCCUCCUAAAACCAGACCUCCUUUUAUAUAAUACAUAUAAGUUAGCUAUGUUCAA